AUGGAGAGCUCUUCUGCUUCCGAAGAGUAUGUUUCACAACUCCGCCUUGAAUUGAAAGCAUGGGAACGCGAUUUCUCCGCCCGCAAUGCUGGCCGCAAAGCCGGCCGCGAUGACAUCAAACAAGACGAGAUUAUAGCCGGGAAAUACAAGGAAUACAACCGUUUACGAUCCGCCAAUUCCAGCAAGCCUCCACAAUCUCCAUCUCAAUCACGCCAACCCUCGAAACCGAAAGACACCCCCAAGCAGCUGCUCGGCACCCCUCGUGUCUCUCGCAAGCUUUUCCAGAAGCAAAACGCACCGCCCCUCCCACCAUCAUCGCCUUCUCCACAAGGCCCCAAACCCAUCCUAUCCCCUUCUAAGGAUCCGGCAGCUGAGGCCGCCACCACCCCUUCCCACCCCCGCGUCUUCUUCACCUCCGUUGGUCCCACUCCCCAAAAGAACGGCCGCGUCCUCGGUCUCUUCGACCUACUCUCCUCCGGCGAACCCACACCCCCAAGCCACCGCCGCCGAGGAGCCGACCUCUUCUCUCCCACGCGAGCCGCGCUGACCGAAGCAUCGGGUCGCAUGAACGUCCUGGUGACGCCGAGCGCGACGCGAUAUACCGAUGCGGGCAACGCAAAGCCGGCGCACGAUGGCACUCCUGUCAAGGCGGGUGCGGAGAACGGUGCGGAGGAAGACCCCGAGGAGAUCAUGACGGGACGGAAACGUAAAUGGGCACGCACGCCCGGCAGCGGCAACGGCGGACGGUUCUGGAUGGAUUUGUUCGUGACGCCGGGAAAGCGGCGGAAGUUGUUCGAUGCGGAGAUGGGGGCGGUGGGGGAGACGCCGAGGAAGGAGAUGGGGGGAGAGACGCCGCGGUUUUUGCGGAGGGAUCAGGGGCAGUUUGAGGGGCUGGAUGCGGUGACGGAGGAGGAUGACGGGGCGGAGGUCAAGAGUCCGGAGGUGGUGGUGAGACCGUGGAAGAGGGGGUUGCGGAGAACGGUGAGUAGUGUGGUGGAGAGGCUGAGGAGGGUGGAACAGGAGAGGAAGGUAGAUGAGGAGGAGAGAGCGAGGAGGGAGGAUAGCAUUCUUAGGGAGGUGGAGGCGGGGUGGGAAGAGGAGGAAGAGAAAUCGAGGAGGACCCAGGAAGGGGUGGAGCAGCCGACGACUGCGGUUGGGAAGCAGACUGAGGCUCCCCACGAAGCUCUCGACGAAGCCCCCGACGAAGUUCCCGACGAAGUUCCCGACGAGGGUCCCGACGAGGGUCCCGAAGAAGCCUCUGACGAAGAACCCCAGCCUGAGGAAGACUACGUGGACAUGGUCCCAGAGACACAAGAUAUUUUCGCGACGAAAUCAGGCGAAGAAGAUCGAUUCGAUGAAGAUCUCGAGGCAGCAGAAGAUCCCAGGCCGGAGGACACAUCGCAAGGUUUUGUGCGGAAGAAGAAGGGGCAGAAGCGGCAGACGAAACGCGUUAUCAGUAAGUCUAACCAUCUGGAUUCUCCCAUUUGUUCUAUGUCACUAACGAUAUCCCAUGACUCAGACGACCUAGAGGACGGUGCCGGCUCUGAAAAUGGCUCGGCCUACGGAGAUGAGGAGAUCGGAUCGGAUGCUGAACACGCGAAGGACACAUCAAAGCCAAAGCUAAAGUCUAAGAAGAGGACGGUGAAUCCACUUGCUCACACCAACUUUAGAAAACUGAAGAUCAAGAAUCAGAAUUCCAAAGCAAAGGGGCGUGGAAGAUCGCCUCCAGCUUUACCAACACCAACGCCAAUUCCCAGCCUCAUACCCGUAGUCACGACCUCAAAUACCUCUCCGUCCACCGACUCAACCCCCCAGAAAACUACCACCCCUCCAUCCGAACCAUCCACACCGCUCACCAUGGCUGACACCGAGCUCCAAAACAUCAUCCGCCAACUCCACCAACAACACACCUCCCUCAACCCAACCACCGCCGCCCAACUCCUCUCCACCGCCAAACGCGCCCUCCUCACCCUCAACGCCCUCCUCCCCUCACCCUCCUCCUCCCCGCAACACCUCCAAGCCGCCCGCGAAGUCCUCGAGCUCGGCGCACUCAUCUCCAUCCGCCUCCAAGACGCCGACUCAUUCACCCGAUACUUCGCCCAGCUGCAGCCGUUCUACGCGGUGCCGGAGGCGCGGCUGCCGCGGGAGGGCUCGCAGCGGAGCAAGAUCACGGGGCUGUAUUUGCUGUUGCUGUUGAGCCAGCAUGACUAUGCUGGGUUUCAUACGCUGCUGGAGGGGCUAGAGGUCGAACAGGAGAAGGAGGGGGAGAAGGGAUUGGAGAACGAUCCAUUUGUGCAGUAUCCGAUAAGGUUGGAGAGGGCGUUGAUGGAGGGGAGCUAUGAUCGGGUGUGGGGCGCGACGAAGGGGGAGAACGUGCCGAGUGAGGAGUUUGCGUUGUUCUCUGGGGUCCUGAUUAAUACCAUCCGCUCUGAGAUCGCAUCAUGUUCCGAGAAAGCCUACCCGUCGAUGCCGGUCUCCAAUGCGAAGAAUCUCUUCUUUCUCGAUAGCGAGGGCAGCGUUGUGCAGUUUGCGCAAGAGCGGGGGUGGGUGGUCAAGGAUGGACGGAUUUUCUUCCCGCACCCGGAUCAAGAAGGAGGCUCGGAGAAGGAUAUCUUGGCGACCAGUGACAAGGUGAUCGAGAAUACCCUGGGCUAUGCACGAGUUUUGGAAACGAUCGUUUAG